AAAAAAAGCGUUCAAUAAGGGCACGGUGUCUAUUUUGUCUAUUUUGGUUGCCAUUGAACUCCAGAAUUCGGAGCAGCUCAUCGAGAGUCACAAACGCGGCGAAGACCUAGUUCAGUUUUGAUCCAGUUGAACAACUUUGCUGCUGAUCAAUCUCCAACCAUUCGAACCAUGUCGAAGCAAUUUGUCGCAUUUUCACAUCAUAAACACAACGAAUUGCACAGUCUCAAGCCACUCUGCCUGCCUUGUCCACGAUCAGGAGCGAAAUGCAUCUAUCUCAUGGAUACCCACAAUCGUCUGUAUGAAAUGCAGAAAGUUAACGGGCCUGGACGGAAAGCUAGUUGGUUGAUCAAGGAUCGAUUGUAUAAAGAUGGUGCAUUUUAUUUCAUCACUCCUAUGGAUCCAUUAUUCUUGGCACUAUCGAUAUUGGAGCGUGCCCAAGCCUCGACACAUCAAGCGAAAUUUCGGACGUUGGAUGAUAUUUUCGACAGUGAAUCAUUCAAAACAGGCGACUCUCAAGAGGACAGCGAAACCUCGUCAAAUGAAGAAUCCGAAAGUCAAACCUUCGACAUUGGCAUGUUGAUGCAUAUUUCGAAUUUCAUCCAGCAAUUACCGCAUUUGUGCGAAAUCAAAGAAGUAGCACCAGAAAUGCAUGUCUACUGUUUAGAUGAAAAUAAAGCGCUGGCAUGGUUGAGAAAAAAGGUGGAUGCAUUGGUCGCGUCAUUCGACACCAUUCCUGCUGUAUCAGAUAUUACGAAAUCACGCUUAAAUAUUGAAUCCAAAAAUAUACAUCGACAAGAAGCUGUAUACCUUUUAUCGAAAUACCUGUCGAGGCCAUGGUUCGAAAAAUUACUGCAGAGCUAUGGUUUGACCGAAUUGCAGGAAGAGCAAAUCGCGGGCGAAAUCAGCAACUACUUUGAAGAUGCAUCUCCCUCCGUUUAUCUUAGAUCUUCAGGCGGCCCACGUGAUACAUCCGCGGAAAACAAAAAACCUCGCAAAGCUCAGAUUCCACGAAAUUUAGCCAAAGUCAAUACAAAAGGUAUGAAGUCCUUGACGAGCUUUUUUGCUAAAAAAAAGUAAAAAAAAAAAAAAAAAAAAAAAAGUGUGAACCACAUUAAAACAUAAUGAAUCGGUAUGUUUGCUGAUGUUUGACACUCCAUUAUUUGUUCCUCUUGUAAAUUUUUUAUUUUAUGCCAACGUGCUCUUCAAAUUGCCAACCCGUCUGAUAAUGAGGUGUGUUCGCAGAAUAAACACU